UUGUGCCUAAUUAUAAAAUUAGUUAGGAAAUAGAUUCUGCAAAUAUGAAAUGAAAUUGUAGCAAAGACGAGUAAUGUUCUGGACGCCCAACGACAGUGGUUAGUGAAACAGCAAAAACGAGGGAUCAAAGAGAAUGUGUGCAGUUGUGCCAACACUCAGCCAAAAGCAGUCGCCAGGUGAUUGAGGACCAGCUACGUACACACACACAUACACAUUAAACACACACUCAAUUAGUCGGAGAGAGAAAAUGGAGGUGAGAACAAGAGCUCCAGGGAAAAUAAUAUUAACAGGGGAACACGCGGUGGUUCACGGAUCAACUGCCGUCGCUGCCUCUAUUGAUCUCUAUACUUACGUCUCCCUUCGCUUCCCUACUCCUCCUGAUAAUGCCGAAACAUUAAGACUCCAGCUUAAGGAUAUGUCCUUAGAAUUUUCCUGGCCGGUUGCAAGAAUUAAAGAGGCUUUCCCUAACUUGGAUGCUCAAGUUCCUAUGUCACCUUCUUCGUGCUCACUGGAGACGCUUAAAACAGUUGCUUCUCUAGUUGAUGAACAAAACAUUCCCGAGGCGAAGAAUGGGCUUGCUGGUGGUGUUUCUGCUUUUCUCUGGCUGUACACCUCAAUCCACGGGUCCAAACCAGCAAAAGCAGUUGUCAAUUCUGAGCUUCCACUAGGAUCAGGCUUGGGUUCAUCUGCAGCUUUCUGUGUUGCAGUCUCUUCAGCCCUUCUUGCUAUGUCUGAUGCAGUUAGUAUGGAUUUCAGACACCAAGGUUGGCAAAUAUUUGGAGAGAGUGAGUUGGAAUUGCUGAACAAAUGGGCUUUUGAGGGUGAGAAAAUAAUUCAUGGGAAGCCAUCUGGUAUUGACAACACCGUGAGCACAUAUGGAAAUAUGAUCAAGUUCAGAUCUGGCGAUUUGACAUGCCUCAAAACAAACAUGCCAAUUAAAAUGCUGAUCACUAACACAAAGGUCAGAAGAAAUACAAAGGCAUUGGUAGCUAGCGUUUCAGAGAGGACCAUGAGGCAUCCAACCGCUAUGGCUUCUGUGUUUACUGCAGUUGACUCCAUCAGCAACGAGUUAGCUACCAUCAUUCAGUCACCUGUCUCCGAUGAUCUUGCCAUAACUGAGAAGGAAGAGAAGCUAGGAGUGUUGAUGGAGAUGAACCAAGGAUUGCUGCAGUGCAUGGGCGUUAGCCAUGCCUCUAUAGAAACUGUGCUUCGAACGACUCUAAAGUACAAACUAUCUUCCAAGUUAACUGGAGCUGGUGGUGGAGGCUGUGUUUUGACACUACUACCUACACUGCUAUCAGGAACGGUUGUUGAUCAGCUGAUGGCUGAGUUAGAGACAUGCCGAUUCCAAUGUUUUGUUGCUGGGAUUGGUGGGAAAGGUGUAGAAGUUUCAUUUAAUGUCACUUCUUGAUCAUAACCAGAUGCAAUAGUUUGACGUCAUGAGAUUUGUCUGUGCAUUGUUAAACGUGGAUGUGGUUU